AUGUUUUCUGUCGCGCAAUCUUCAAACAUCGUCGGCACGACGCAAAAAGUUGUCGUUCACAAAGCCAAGAAGGUGAAAUCCUCCUCCAAAUCCAUCCUCCGAUGCUCGGCCCAAAAGGAGGAGACGGAAGAAAAGAGAUCUUCGUCUUCCUUGCAACAAGCCGCCGUCGCGACCGUGUUGUCCGUGUCCAUGCUCGCGCAACCGGCGUUUGCGGCGUCUGAAAUCGCCCAAUUCGCCGCGGGUGAUUCCAAGGCUGCCGCGGAUGCGUUGUUGGCGGAGUACACCCAGAAAAGAGCGAUCGUCCAACAAGCGCCAAAGACGAAGAGUUUAGCCAAAGGCGGUAAGAAGGCGAAGAAGGAAGCCGCGGCGCCGAAGGAAAGUGGCGGCGGGUUUUCCUUGCCGUCGUUCUCCUUGCCGUCUUUGCCGUCCCCGGGCGCUGGUAAGGAGAAGGCUGCGCCAGCCGCGAAAGCGGCGCCGGCCCCGGCGGCUGCCAAGGAAGGCGGCAGCGGCAAGUUGAUUGCCGUGUGCUUGGUGUUGUUCUCGCCGUUGGUUUUGGUCCAAGUCGAGUCUUUCAAGACUCUCGCGAGAUUAGCUAAGCAAAAAGCGGGCAACUAA